AUGAAUGCUCAAUUAGCCAAUCUUGCCGAAAUGAUUUCAAAGAUGUCCAUGUCCUCUUCCAACAAUACCAAUCAACCCUCAAGUUCUUCUAACCUUCCAUCCCAACCCCAACCAAACCCAAAGGGCAGUAUCAACGCCAUCACUCUACGAUCGGGAACUACAUUGGAGGAGAUACCUCCAAGGAUCUUGGAAGACAUUCAUAAGGAAGAAGUGAUUGUUGAAGCUCCACAUGAAGAGGAGGAGGUAGGCAAGAGGCAUGAAGAGGAAGGAGUAAACCUCAAGGAACCCAAGAGGAAAGCUCUAGUGGAUGAGUCCAUCCUAAUUCCAUUCCCUUUCAUGGUAAAGAAAGCAAAGAAGAUGCCAGAAUUUGACAUGAACAUGCUUCAAGUGUUCAAGAAGGUUGAGGUAACCAUACCACUUCUUGAUGCUAUUCAACAAAUUCCAAAGUAUGCAAAAUUCUUAAAAGACUUGUGUACACACAAGGAUAGGAUAGGGGAAUUGGAGACAUUAUCCUUGGGAAGUUCAAUCUCUUCCUUGAUGGAACCCAUACCAAAGAAAUGUGGUGAUCCUGGGCCUUGUUUGGUAUCUUGUUGUAUUGGUGGACACACUUUUCAUGAUUGUAUGUGUGAUCUAGGGGCUUGUGUAAGCAUCAUGCCGCUUUCUACUUUUGUGCGGUUGAAUUUAGCUCCAUUGAAGAGGUCGACGGCGAGAUUUUUCUUGGCCGAUAAAAGUGUGAUCACGGUAACAGGAAUAGCCGAAGAUGUACUUGUGGGAAUCAAGGACUUGAUCUUUCCGGUUGACUUUUAUAUCCUUGAAAUGCCCCCAACAGAGAAUAGAAGCUCAUCCUCCGUUCUACUUGGUAGGCCUUUCCUUAAAACCUCUAAAUUCAAGUUAGAUGCCUUCACCAGUACAUAUUCCUUUGAGGUUGGAGACAAGACUAUCAAGUUUAAUUUGGAAGAAGCCAUGAAACAUCCUCCCGAAGAGCAUUCUGUUCUCCGACGUGAUGUAAUUGAUGAGUUGGUAGCGGAAGCGCAAGACGAAGACCAUAACAAGUUGUGCUACCAAGCCAUUGAGGAGAGGAAUGACGAAGAGGAUGAACAUGAGGAAGUUGUUGAGGAUGAAGCUCGUGAGCUUGAUGAAAAAGAACCUCAGCUUGAGGCAAAGAGUGAAUUGAAACCUCUUCCAUCUCAUUUGAAAUAUGCUUUCUUAGAGGAUAACGAAAAGUGUCCAGUCAUUAUUGCUAGUGAGCUCUUUAGUGAGGAAGAAGAGAGGCUCCUAGAUGUUCUCAGAAAGUACAAGAAAAUGAUUGGUUGGAGCCUAGUCGAUAUUGUGGGGAUUGACCCUCGCAAAUGCAUGCACCGUAUAUUUCUCCAAGAAGGAGCUAGGCCGGUUAGACAACCGCAAAGAAGACUCAAUCCAACCAUCCUUGAUGUGGUAAAGAAAGAGGUCACUAGGCUACUUGAUGCGGGUAUCAUAUACCCAAUUUCUGACAGUGAGUGGGUAAGCCCGGUCCAGGUUGUUCCAAAGAAGUCAGGCAUCACUGCGGUCACAAAGGAUGAUGGUGGAGUGGUCACCAAGAGAGUAUAA